AUGGGGCUCCUUUGGGCGGGGGCUGCCCGUCUGUCCUCGCAGCUGCCCCUGCCCCCUCCUCAGCCCCAGAGGCCCUCUCAUCGUCCAGGGAAGGGGGGACCCCGGGGCCCAGAUGAGUCGGGACCUGCUCCGGGGCUUCCUGGGGCACCACCAGCUCAGGAGAGGGAGCCCGGGGAGCGAGGGCCGGGGGCCGGGCCGCAGAGGCUCCCCCAGCAGCUGGCUCCCUUCGGGCAGCACUCGGCCCUGGGCGGCUCCCGGCCCCUCUCUGCCCUCGCCCGCCCUGGCCAACAUUCCUGCCCUCGCCAGCCGAGUUCCAACGCGCUCGCUUUGUCCAAGAAGCUCUGCCGGGGCCGGCUCGGAGGGGGGGCGGGGGUGGGGCCAUCUGCCUUUGGCUCCGUGGCCCCUCACCCCUCAGCCUCUCACCCCUUGGCCCCCCUGGCCCCUCCCCCUGAGCCUCCCAUCCUCAGCCCUCGUGGCCCCUCAGCCCCUCACCCCUGGGCCCCUGCGGCCCCUCAGCCCCUGGGCCCCCCGCGGCCCCUCAGCCCCCAUGGCCUUCUCACCCCUUGGCCCCCAAAGAUUAUUUCUAGGCUCUUCCCCCGACAAACCCGUAACCCUAAAGGCAGAAGCUGCCCUUUCAGCGCUGAGGCUGAGGAGCCCCGAGUGCAGGGUGAGCCUUGA